AUGAGAUCCAAGGAUCAACUCAUUUAUUUGCCAGUACAGACCAAAAUAUCAUGUCUUUUUGAAAUUGAAUUUAGUGAGACCGAAAAGAAGGUUGUUGCUAUUGACAAGUUACAUAAAAGAGUACUCCGGUUGCCUUUGGAUAUCAUCUCUGUAAAUCCGACAAUUAAAAUUGAUGGUACUUGCUGCUUGAUUAGAAAUGGACAACUUUAUAAACGAUAUGAUAGAAAAUUAAACAGUAAGGGUAGCUUGAAAAAUAAGAUUAUUCAAAAACAUUUAAAUUCACAAAACGGAAAUAUUGAAAAUAAGGAUGACAUUUUACAAUUUGAUGUUAAUACAGACUUUAAAGAAGGCCCUUCUGGUUGGAUUCCUUGUGAUAGUAUUCGUGAAUUAUUUGAAACUCAACAAACUCAUGUUUCUUCUCAACACCUGGUGGGAUGGGUGCCUGUGAACUCUAACGAAGCUUCCGAUAAAUGGCAUGCCACUGCUAUUGUCACCUCGAAAAUCGAUAACGAAAAAUAUGCAACCUUGUUGGUUCCUUAUUAUGAUGAAGUGGAGAGAAUGGCCAAAUUUAGAGUAGAAUUAAGAAAAGUUCCUGAAUUGGAGGGACAGACUCUGGAAUUAAUUGGCUCGAAAAUUAAUGGAAAUGUUUACAAUUUUCCUAAACAAGAGAAACAACACUUUUUGUGUCCUCAUGGCUGGGCAUCAUAUCUAUGGGAUGAAAAGAAUGAAUUUUUACAGGAUAUCAAGCAAAUUAAAUUGGACAGUUUGAAGAGAUGGUUCGAUGAUCCCAACAAUCAAAUGUCCAAGAGUGAAGGAAUUGUAUUUCAUGUAAAUUACAAAGAGAAUGAGCAAUCCAAAACUCUUCUGUUGAAAGUACAUCGAGACCAUUUGAAUUUGCAAUGGCCAACGCAAGGAUUCAAUCCACAAUUUAAUUAUGAAUCCCAUUGGUUAGAAGAGCUUGAACAGCUGAAGAAGCAAUAUAAAUGCUGUUGA